AUGGCUUCGCAACACAAGGUGCUGAUGCUCGGCGCGGGCUUCGUGACGCGGCCUACCCUUGAUAUCCUCAGCGAUGCUGGCAUCCCCGUGACGGUUGCCUGCCGCACUCUGGCCUCAGCCCAGCAGCUGUCCGAGGGCGUCAAGAAUGCGCACCCCAUCUCGCUCGACGUGACCGACGACAAGGCGCUGGACGCCGAGGUGGCCAAGCACGACCUGGUCAUUAGCCUGAUCCCCUACACCUUCCAUGCCACCGUCAUCAAGUCGGCUAUCCGGAACAAGAAGAAUGUCGUUACCACGAGCUACGUCUCGCCGGCCAUGCUCGAGCUCGAUGCCGAGGCUAAGGCCGCCGGCAUCACCGUCAUGAACGAGAUCGGCCUGGAUCCAGGCAUCGACCACCUGUACGCCAUCAAGACCAUCGACGAGGUGCACAAGGAGGGCGGCAAGAUCCUCAGCUUCCUGUCGUACUGCGGCGGCUUGCCCGCCCCGGAAGAUUCGGACAACCCGCUCGGCUACAAGUUUUCGUGGUCGUCGCGCGGCGUGCUGCUGGCCCUGCGCAACGCGGGCAAGUGGUGGCACGGCGGUUCCGUCGUUGAGGUGGCCGGCAAGGACCUCAUGAACACGGCCAAGCCCUACUUCAUCUACCCGGGCUUCGCUUUCGUCGCCUACCCGAACCGCGACUCCACCCCCUACAAGGAGCGCUACGCCAUCCCCGAGGCGCAGACCAUCGUCCGGGGCACCCUGCGUUACCAGGGUUUUCCGCAGUUCAUCAAAGUGCUCGUAGACAUCGGCUUCCUCGAGGACGCCCCGCUCGACAUUCUGUCGCGCCCGGUGGCCUGGAAGGAGGCCACGCAGGCCGUCAUCGGCGCGCCGUCGUCCUCGGCCGCUGACCUCGAGGCGACCAUCCUCUCCAAGGCGACCUUUGAGUCGGAGGAGGACAAGCAGCGCAUCCUGUCGGGGCUCCGCUGGAUCGGCCUGUUCUCGGACGAGGCCGUCACGCCCAAGGGCAACCCGCUCGACACGCUGUGCGCGACGCUCGAGCGCAAGAUGCAGUACGAGGAGUCGGAGCGCGACCUGGUCAUGCUGCAGCACAAGUUCGAGAUCGAGCACAAGGACGGCUCGCGCGAGACGCGCACCUCGACCCUGUGUGAGUACGGCGACCCCAAGGGUUACUCGGCCAUGGCCAAGCUGGUCGGCGUGCCCUGCGCCGUCGCCGUCAAGCAGGUCCUCAGCGGCCAGCUGCAGGACAAGGGUAUCCUGGCGCCCAUGAGCUCGCGGAUCAACGACCCGCUGAUGAAGGAGCUCAAGGAGAAGUACGGGAUCACCAUGGUCGAGAAGACCAUCUCGUAA